UAUACACAAGUUCUUCGCUCGCACGCACCGCAAUCUUCCGCCUAGCUUCCCCAUUUCGAAGCCCGCAAGCCUCCUCUCCUCUCCACGCGUCCUCCUCCCCUCCGACCAGAUCCGCGCGGCGCGCGUCUCUCGUCGAGGAGGAGCAGGAAGAGGAGAAGGCGGCGGCGGUUUGUGGGUGGAGGCUGGGCGGGAGGUAAGCUUCGGAGGGAGACAUGGCGGUGGAGAAGACGGUGCCGGUGGCGGCGGGGAAGACGGUGCUGGUGACGGGCGGGGCCGGGUACAUCGGCAGCCACGCCGUGCUGCAGCUGCUGCUCGCUGGCUUCCGCACCGUCGUCGUCGACAACCUCAACAACUCCUCCGAGCUCGCCGUCCGCCGCGUCGCCGCGCUCGCCGGGGACCACUCCCGGAACCUAUCCUUCCACAAGAUCGAUCUCCGUGACAAGGGAGCACUUGAAAAGGUUUUUGCUUCAACAAGAUUCGAUGCUGUUGUUCACUUUGCUGGAUUAAAAGCUGUUGGUGAAAGUGUUCUGAAGCCAUUGCUUUAUUAUGACAACAAUGUUAAUGGCACAGUAAAUCUUCUGGAAGUUAUGUCUGCCCACGGAUGUAAAAAGUUAGUGUUCUCAUCAUCAGCUGCAGUUUAUGGAUCACCCAAGAACUCACCCUGCACAGAAGAGUUUCCUCUGACUCCAAACAAUCCAUAUGGCAAAACCAAGCUUGUCGUUGAGGAUAUUUGCCGUGAUAUUUACCGUACGGAUCCUGAAUGGAAGAUCGUUCUACUUAGGUACUUCAAUCCGGUUGGGGCUCAUCCCAGUGGAUACCUUGGUGAAGACCCAUGUGGGAUUCCCAACAAUCUUAUGCCCUAUGUUCAACAAGUUGCUGUUGGCAGGAGGCCGGCUCUCACAAUAUUAGGAAAUGACUAUGCAACAAUAGAUGGAACUGGGGUCCGAGAUUACAUCCAUGUGGUUGACCUUGCUGAUGGACAUAUCGCUGCACUGCAGAAGCUUUUCGAAAACUCGAGCAUAGGGUGUGAAGCAUACAACCUUGGAACUGGGAAAGGGACAUCAGUGUUGGAGAUAGUUAAAGCAUUUGAGAAGGCUUCUGGGAAGAAAAUUCCUCUGAUUAUUGGCCCAAGACGUCCUGGCGACGCAGAGAUUCUGUUUUCGUCAACUGCUAAAGCAGAGAGAGACCUAAGUUGGAAAGCGAAAUAUGGCAUCGACGAGAUGUGUAGGGACCAGUGGAACUGGGCUAGCAAGAACCCUAACGGAUACGGAUCGGCUGACUCCAUCAAACAGAAUGGCCACCGUGGAUAUGGAUCAGCUGACCCCUGCAAACAGAACGGACACCAUGGAUACGGAUCAACGGAUUCCGCCAAGCAGAAUGGCAAUGGCCACCUGCACUGAGCCGCUUCAGUUGGCCUGUCGGCUCCUUGUACAUGCGACACGAGAUUGUCACCUGAGACCGACAUAGAUAAAUGGAUUUGAAAGCCACACAGAUCGACACGUUGCUUACAUAAUAUUAUUCCCAUAGUUCAUUAUCAUCACUGGCUGAAGAAUUCCAUUUGUGGGUAGAAAUAUUCUUCCUAUUCCUGCGCGCGUGUUCUCUUCUUCCAAAUUUGCUGUAGGAAUAUGUUCUUCCACUGCUAAUUGAACUGCAUUGUCAAUCGCAGAGCUUGAUUGAUUCUUGUAUAAGGAGAAACACAGUUGUGUUAGCGAUAUACAUAUUAUAUUGUCCCUGAUAGUAGUCAGUAAUGCAUAAUGUUUUUACUCCCUCCGGAUCAUAUCAUGUGAAGCAGAAAUACUGUUGCCGCUGAUAGCCAUGUACUAAAAGACUAUUAUCUUUC